GCGUGCUUGUUCAUGCCUUAGGGAUUCUUCAUUUUCUUCAUCCUUUUUUUCCCGUAGCAACUAUUCCCCUUCGUUUAUCACGAGUAAGCGCAUCCUAAACCAUACCAGAUAUUUAGACCAUACCAUUUUCGAGAUCUAAGCGCAUAGCGAUUUUCUUUUUCGCACAUCUUCAACAUAUUGAUUGAUUGACUUCUGGGGCGCAACCAUUCAUUAACAUAUUAAACCUCUUCAACAUCCUCAACUAAUCAUUCACAACAUAAUUCUCAAAAUGUCGUUCUAUGCGGGACAGAUGGGCUUUGGUGGCGCAAACUACGUGACGCCGAACUCGUCUCCCUAUGGUACUUACAAUUUGUACUUAGUAAUGUUAAGGACUGCGCUAGCCAUGAUUGAUAGAUACAACACUGCAUAUAUUUUUGUUAUUCUAGGCAAGAAUCAGAAAGCGGUUUGCAUGUUGAUUCUCGGAAAUCAUGCUUAGCUUAUUCCAAAUUUAAUCUGCAUGAUCCCUAUCGCCAUAGUAAUACUGUCCAUAAAUGAUUUUUUCACCAACAAACACUAACUACAGUGGGACCGACGAUGCAGCCUUUCGGCGCUGGUGGAACGAUGAUCGUGCCGUCCUCGAUGGCGCAGCCGUUUGGAACCGCCCCACCUCCAACCACGGCUGGCAUGGGUCAAGCCUUGUUGCAAGCUGCUUUGUCGCAAACUGAGUACGAGAAUCGGGAGUUAGUCGCGAUUGAGGUGCAUCACCGGCGACUCAACCGCAUCGAAGACGUGGUGGACGGCCUUGCAAGGGAAAUGAGUAUCGCAGCAACAGACCACGAGCUGCGUAUGCGCAAAAUCGAAGAGUUCCUCGAGCAACAAAUCAGAAGGAUGAAAACCGAUAUGGACCAACGUGAUAAGUAAAUCACGUAAAGAGGAAGAUUGGACGCAAUUAGGUAUGCUGAUCAUGAAAUUCUUGGAUAGAAGAUAUAGUGAUCGAUUCCAUGAAUACUCCUCGGGGAUGAUUCAAUCCGAGGUGAAGAAAUAAAUACUUGUUGUACUUAACAGUUGGAGUUAAUAUUCGCGCGUCAUAAUGAAGAUAAAGGUAGCACAAGCAAUGAAAAUUUGAAUUUGUUUUUGCGGGAAGUAGAUACCACCGCUAUGCAUCAUUGAUUUUUAUAUGAGUUCUGAAACUAGUUGUACGAGUUUGCUUAACAAAGUCAAAAUGCGAGAUUUUUAACAUCAUGGCAAAUUUCGUAGGACCAAAUAUGAUGUAGAUGAAAAAUGAAAAGGGAGAACAAGAGGAGCUAAUCUUUAAUUAUCUAUGUCUGUUGCACCCUGAUUCACUUGCG